CGAAUACCUAUGCCAGCUCUCUUCCAGAGCCGGCCGACCCCAAUCUCUCAUCCACAGCGAGUUGCAAACCUCCUGUGCAAAUGCUCUCUCCUCGGGUCUGAAAACCUGCAUCGAGCGUAGCAUCGCCAUCAGCGCCUGCCUCUCGUCUACCCGCACAGUCUCUAAGCCCGCCUUCGCCUGAGGCUCCUGUAUGCUAUAUUCAAACCUGCGGUCCCAAGUCCGGCGUUUGCCAUCAAGGCCUCUAGACGUUUGCUCCAGAUCCAACUCGCCCUCUUCAUUGAACCGGUCAAGCCUGCUGCUUCACACUUGCCACACGACUCAAGCGGAUGAGUACGCCGUAGCCACGAGCUCCGUGACCGUGACGGCCGACUCGACCACAACGAAGAAUAUUUCGGGGUCUGUAAAGACGGGUACCACCAUUUUCGAAAUCGGCGAAUGGGACGCGCAACCAACCGGCUUCCGCAACGCAGCCAACCAGCUUCGCAUGCAUCCCUCCGACUCGCGCAUGUCCUCCUGGGGUCCUCUGACCUACACCAUCGGUAGCUCCGCCCUGGCCGACUUUCCAAUGGCCGUGUUCAAGAGCGUCAACAACACGGUCACUAUCAAGUUUACCGCGACAUCCUCUCUCAGACCGGAGCAGCGACUCUGCGGAUUGGGCCGACAUUGUCGUUUGCCGGCGGACGGCCCCAGGCGACGGUUCUCCCCCUUUCGAAUGAUCAACAAUUAUACCGGGAGCGCGCCAGCAGCCCCGACGAAUCUUGAUUCUCGGGGCGUCACUCGCGGAGCCUAUCGGGGGCUUGGCGAGGUGUAUGAUGUGUCGAUUCCUUCGGGCACGAUUGUCGCGGGGACGAACACGAUCACGAUCAAUGUGAUUUCAGGAAGCUCUGGGGACACGGAGUCCGAACUUUAUCUUCGGUUGUGUGGAGUUACUCCAAUAAUGGGCUUUCGUGGAUUGAGAUGAGCUGGUCAGCUUAACUAGUGGGAUAGGUGGAGGCCUUCGCAUGACUGUUCGGACCCUUUCAUGAUCAGGGAUGGCUGAUCUCACAACUAGAAGGAUCCUGGUUGGUGGACUCGCAGUAUCAUUAUGAUCCGCGGCAGUAAGAACAGUUUCAUGGUUUUCAACUUGUG